AUAAUUUCAUCUGUACUUUCCAGCAGUUUACAUAUGUGUAUAUAUCAAAAAUGUUGGACAUAGAAUAAUGCAUUAUUUAAUAAUACAAACUGAUGUAAGAUAAAAAUGUUUGGCAACUUAAAUGAUUCUGAUAGUGAGGAUGAAUUACCUCCUGGAUGGGAGGAAAUGACAACUGCCAAUGGAAACGUCUAUUAUGUAAAUCACUACACAAAAGGCACUCAGUGGACACAUCCUAGAACUGGUCGUACAAAGAUUGUUGAAGGGGAAUUACCAUCUGGAUGGGAAAAAUGUGUGUCAGAAGAUGGUCAAAUUUUGUUUGUUGAUCACAUGAAUCGUACAACCACCUAUACUGAUCCACGACUUGCAUUUGCUACGGAGUAUAGAGAGUUGUCGCAGCCUGUAAGACAACGUUUUGAUGGAAGUAGCACAGCAUUAGCUGUUUUACAUGGCCGAGAUUUAAGAGGCAAAAUUGCUCUAGUUACAGGUGCCAAUACAGGAAUAGGUUUUGAAACUGCUAGAUCACUGGCUUUGCAUGGAUGUAAAGUUAUCUUGGCUUGUAGAGAUUUAGAAAAGGGUACAGAGGCAGUACAAAAAAUAAAGCAAGAAGUAGAAAAUGUAACAUGUGAAGUAUUACAGAUAGAUUUAUCAUCAUUGCACAGUGUCAGAGAAGCAGCUGAAAAAUUUAAACAAAAAUAUAGAACUCUACAUAUCCUUAUAUUAAAUGCUGGAGUGUUUGCAAUUCCUUAUCAACUCACAAAAGAUGGUUAUGAAACAACAUUUCAAGUAAAUCAUCUUUCACACUUUUACCUCACCCUUUUAUUAGAACAUCCAAUACGAAGUUGUCAUAAUUCUAGAGUGGUAAUAGUUUCAAGUGAAUCACACAGAUUUUCAUCUCUGCAAACAGUAGAAGAUUUCCACCAAUUACUUCUAUCCCCUCCUGCAUAUAAAUAUUGGUCUAUGGAGGCAUAUAACAAUUCCAAAUUAUGUAAUAUUUUAUUCGCACAAGAAUUAGCAAAACGUUGGCCGUCUGUAAAUGUCUUGAGUUGCCAUCCCGGUAACAUGGUUUCUUCAUCGUUAGCUCGUUAUUCAUGGACACUACGGUUAUUAUUUACACUUGUGCGACCUUUUACAAAAUCACUGCAACAAGCUGCCAGUACAUCAGUUUUCUGUGCAACUGCACCAGAAUUGGAAGGAGUAACAGGAUUUUAUUUCAAUAACUGCUAUCGUUGUGAUCCAUCGAACACUGCAUUAGAUCCUACACUUGCAACCAGACUAUGGUCUGUUAGUCAAGAAAUGAUUAUUAAUGUUAUGAAAAAAGACAAACUAUGGGAAACAUUAGCUCUAAAAUAAAAAAUACUGUUAUAAAAGU